AAACUUCGUAGGUCGAAUCAUAGUGGGUCGAAACGUCGAGUUACCUGCCGGUGAGGAGAAUUUUCAAGAUGGCUACGAUCGGUCUUCUACGGGCUUGCAGGGGAAAAGGAUGCUUAUUUGUAAAGAACAGCAUGUUUCAACAGACACUUCCUACCAGUCUUCAGAACAGUCUUGUCACCAAACAUUUCUCCCUGACCUCAGUGGCGAGUAGUAAUGCUGUAGUUGAAUUCUUCAGAGCCAGAAAUUUUAGAGCAAAGAGAGGUCCAUUUAGACCAGAGGAAAAAAGAGGUGACCACAAGAUGAUGGCGUCUACCCACUGGAAGAUUGAGCGAGUACUGGCUGUCAGUAUGCUGGGGGUCAUGCCAGCCUGUCUGUUUGUACAGGGACCCAUAAUGGACACCCUCCUCUCAAUAACAGUCCUCCUCCAUGGUUUCUGGGGUGUUGAUGGGGUACUGACUGACUAUUUAGAGAAAUUUGUUCCGUGGAUUCACUAUCCCUGGUACCUCCUGACCAUUGCUGGACUCGCAGGACUUAUAUAUUUCAAUUACAAUGAUGUCGGAGUGUGUGAAGCCAUUAAGAUGGUGUGGAAAUUGUAAAUCUUAAAAGAUAGACACUGCUUUUGCUUGUUCUUGUUUCUAUUGUAAAUCCCAGGAAAGGAGAAGUGUAUAAUAGAAACUUCUAGUACUGUAAGAAACACUGUACAAAAUUUGCUGUACUUUUGUCACCAAGAUAGCUCUGAUUAUAUCAGAACUUCUGUUCCUACAUUAUUGUGUAUUUUGUUAUACCCAUAACAUUGGAAAUCCUUACAGCUGUGAAAAAGUAAAAUGAAUAGAUAAACGGUUACUGAAUAUGUGUGCCAUUUUGUUUCAAAUUGAAAGUUGAACUCACUGAGUUCAAGUAGGACAUAUCGGAUCAUUUUUCCAAAAAGUUCUGCUUUAUAGUGUUAUUAUGAAUAAUAAUAAAAUGUUUGAAUGCAUCCAGAUCCUCCAAUACCUGGACUUUAGACCUAGUGUUUAACAUCUGUUGAUACCAAAAAAAUAUGUGUACAUGUGCAUAUGGAUGCCAUAUAUAUGUACGUCAUAUAAUGGUAAAAUUUGUUUCUAUGAAUCUGCAGUUUUCAAUAAUAUAUGAGAAAUUUUUCAACUUUGCUUGAAGUUACGGACAUAAUAUUUAAUAAAUAUUAAUAUAUUUAU